AUGUGUUCUUUUAGGUCUGUCCACACGAAGCGAAAGGUUUGUGGGGACGACGACCGCGACGAAGAAGGCUGGGGGGGUCGGGUACCUCCAGAUGAACUGGGGGCCCCCGGGCCACCGAGGAAGGCGUGCUGCCGGGAAAUGGGCGCUGACCCGCACUCCACGACUAUAAGGCGGGCGUGCACUGCGCGGAUUGGUCGGCGGGGCGCUGAGUACCCGGCGCCCCUGGAGGUGCCGCAGUCUCGCGAGAACGCCGCACAUCAACGGCCAACGGUCGUCGGGCCGAGUCUCCGCUUGAAGCCCAGGAGUCACGCUAUGUUCCGCCUAAUGAUGUUGCUGGCGGGGCUCCGUGGCUUGCUCACGUCCAGACAGGGUUUUCAGAGUUCAUUUCUACAAAUCGUAUUUCCAGAGAAAAUCCAAGUAAAUACAAGUGAUAAUUCAAAAGUAGAAAAUGAACAGGUAUCCUAUAUUAUCCCAAUAGAUGAGAAAUCAUAUACUGUGCACCUUAAGCAAAGAUUGUUUUUAGCAAAUAAUUUCAUGGUUUAUUUGUAUAAUCAAGGAUCUGUGACUUCUCAUUCUUCAAAUAUUCAGACUCAAUGCUACUACCAAGGAUAUAUUGAAGGAUAUCUGAAUUCUCUUGUCGUACUUAAAACGUGCUCUGGACUGAGAGGAAUAUUGCAGUUUGAAAAUGUUUCUUAUGGGAUUGAACCUCUGGAAUCUUCAGUUGAAUUUCAGCAUCUUCUUUAUAAAUUAGGAAAUGAAAACAAUAAAUUUGCAGUUCUUACUGAAAAUAACCAAGACACGGAGGAAAACCCAAUGGACUAUCACGUUUUUAUAAGUGAAAAACCAGAAUCAGCUGCUUCAGAUUUAAUUCCUCUUUAUCUAGAAAUGCAUAUCGUGGUGGACAAAGCUUUGUAUGAUUACCUGGGCUCUGAUAGCAUGAUAGUAACAAAUAAAGUCAUCGAAAUUAUUGGCCUUGUAAAUUCGAUGUUUGCCCAGUUUAAAAUUACUGUUGUGCUGUCAUCUUUGGAAUUGUGGUCAGAUAAAAAUAAGAUCUCUACAGUUGGUGAGGCAGAUGAAUUAUUGCAUAGAUUUUUAGAAUGGAAAAACUCCUAUCUUACCCUAAGGCCUCAUGAUAUUGCAUAUCUAUUCAUCUAUAGAGAUUAUCCAGAUUAUAUGGGAGCAGCGUUUCCUGGAAAGAUGUGUGUUACCAGUCAUUCUGCAGGAAUUGUUUUGUAUCCCAAGGAGAUAACUUUGGAGGCAUUUUCAAUUAUUAUGACCCAGAUGCUGGGACUCAGUUUGGGAAUAUCAUAUGAUGACCCAAAGAAAUGUCAAUGUUUAGGAGCCAUCUGCAUAAUGAGUUCAAAAGCCGUGCACUCCAGUGGUGUGAAGACUUUUAGCAAUUGCAGUUUGAGUGACUUUGAAAAUUUCAUUUCAAAUAUGGGUGCCCAGUGUCUUCAGAAUAAGCCACAAAUGCAAAGGGCUCCAGCAGCAGUCUGUGGCAACGGCAGAGUGGAGGGAAAUGAAGUCUGUGACUGUGGUACUGAGGAACAAUGUGGACGUGAUAGCUGUUGUAAUCCUCGAACUUGUGUGCUGAAACCAAAUACACAAUGUGAUAAAGGAUCGUGCUGCAACAACUGUCGAUUUAUGAAAAGAGGUGAUACAUGUAGGCCCAAUGUGCAUCCUGAAUGUGAUGUUCCUGAGUUUUGUAAUGGAAGCUCAGGAAACUGUCCGGCUGAUGUAACUAUACACAAUGGACACAAAUGUGAAGGAGGAAAAGCCUUUUGUUUUGAUGGAGGCUGCCAAGAUCUUGAUGCACGCUGUGAGAGCAUAUUUGGAAAAGGUUCGAAAAAUGCUCCAUUUGCCUGCUAUGAAGAAAUACAGUCUCAAAAUGAUAGGUUUGGAAACUGUGGUAAAGAAAGAAACAGAUAUAAAUUUUGUAUGUGGAGGAAUCUUAUAUGUGGCAGAUUAAUUUGUACCUACCCCUUUCAAACUCCUUUCCUUCAAGACGGUGCUUCUGUGAUUUAUGCUUUUAUACGACAUACUGUGUGUAUAACUAUACACUACACGGCAAAUAAAGAAGAUCCAAUGAUGGUCAACAGUGGCUCUAUUUGUGAUACUGGGAGGAUUUGUGUAAACGGUGAAUGUGUAGAAUCAAGGAUACUUGCAGACAAAUCAUAUAAUUGUUCACAAAAGUGCAAUGGACAUGGAGUGUGCACUUCCGCGUUGACAUGCAAUUGUACUGGUGGCUACCGCCCUCCGAAUUGCCAACAGAAGUCCAGAGUAUCUUCUAGAUUGCCUGAGGGACAGGAUUUAAUCAUGGAAGGAGGUUUUGAGAAGGCUGGGAAGAAGCAAUGGCUUUUGGAUCAGAAGGCAGCACUCAGAGAAAUGCUGGCAGGUCCACAUCAGAAGGUAGCAGCCAAACAGAUACUGUUAGAUUGAAGUCAGAAAGUGGUGCCCAAACAAAUACCAGCAGCUCCAAGUCACAGAAGAGCAGUGAAACACUUAACAGUAGUACCUAAUAAUUCCUUCAGAAGGCAAUGGAUAUUACUGGGGAUCUCACUGAGAAAUGAAAAAUUGGCCUUUUUUCCCCUGGUCACAGCUGAAGGAAACAAUAAACCAAGAUGGACCAAUUUGCAGGAGCGUCUGUUUUUAUUUCUUCCUCCACCCCUGAGGCACAGUUCUGCCAUUUCAGGGCCUUUGACUGAAGAUAGUCUCAACUGCUGCAGACUCCCUGAGCUCUCCUCCACAGCCCUCCCCACCACCCACUUGGAUUUACUUCCUGGGGUCCCAGAUGCUGGGGGUCUGCAUCAACUGCUCUUACUCAGGAAAGGAUCUGGGUGCGGACUGUGUUCCUUCUCCUGGUCCUUCUUACUGGACUUGGCUGGCUGCGUGCUGAUCUCAGUUUAUACAGACAUUUGCCCACCUCACCCUCCCCACAACCACAGAACCAGGGCUUCUGAGGGAAGCUGUGCUUGUUCUGGGGACUGUGCUUUACCUUCCAGGCCUGCUCACCACCUUUUCUUGCCUCUCGGUUGGGUGACCUGCAGGGUGAAUCCCAGAAGACAGAAGGACCCAGAGAGCUUGGGCUUCAGUCUCAGGGGCAAAGAUUAA